AUGAUAAUAAAUAUAGUCUGGCGUUUUCCGACCAACAAAAAAAAACUUCGCCUUUUUCUGAAUGGAAUUACGAAACGAUAUAUUACAAAUGUAUCUCAAGUACCAGUGGAUCGAUUUAUUCGGCAAUGCUACUCAGUAUUAGAAGUUGAUCCUUCUUGUUGUGAUGAAACAGCAAUUCGUAAAGCAUACUUAGAAAAAGUCAAACAAUAUCAUCCAGAUUCAUCAUUUCAAGAUAAUCGAGGUGAUCAUACAAAAUUUAAUCAAGUACAACAAGCUUACAAAGCACUGAUAGAAACACUAAAAUCAAAUAAUUCUCUUGAUCCAUCUUCAGCAGACGAGGAUUAUGUCAAAUUUGAUAUUCGUCAUACAGCUCCUCAGCAUCGAACACAUUUAGAAUAUGGUGGUUUCGGCAUGGGAACGCCAAGUCACAGACAAACUGCGUAUUACAAAAUGCGGGCUGAAAAAGCAUACGAAAAUGUGUACGAAUAUCGUCGAGAUCGAGAAUCAAUUGAAACAAGAGAUGAACUAAUUGAAAGAAAGAAAAGAAAAGAUGUUCGAUCUACAAAUUUUAUUGAUCGUCUUGUUGAAGAUCUUAUUCAAGAAUCAAUGUCACGCGGUGAUUUUAAUAAUAUAAAAUCAAGUGGAAAAGCAUUACACGAACGCAAUCCACACUAUAUGGAUUUUACUACAUAUAAAAUGAAUGAAAUUCUUAUCGACAAUGGUUAUAUACCUGAAUGGAUUCAACUUGAAAAACAAGUUCGAGAAUUCAUUGAACAAGCACGUAUAGAUUUGAAACGUAUUUUCAAAGCAAUUGCUUCUGAAAAUUUACAAUCGCCUGAUGAAAAGAAAAGCUACUUAACAAGUAAUAUUAAAUGGGCACAAGCAAUAGCGAAAUUUCGUAAUGAUAUUAUUGAAGUUAAUCUUAUUAUCGAUAAAAUCAAUCUAAUUGUGCCGAUGCUUUGGCGACAGCAGGUACACUAUAAUGCUGAUCGAGAAAUUGCAAAAAUUGUUGCAUUGAAUCCGUUGAAGAUCGAACUACCACCAAGUGAAGAAGAAUUAGCACAGAUUCAUAAACAAACAUUAGAUCAACGACAUCAAGAAUGGAUCAAUCAUCAGUCAACUCAACGUUAUUCUGUAUUUGAUGCUAUACGUGAUUUAGUUCAGUCAUUACGAAAUUUUAAAGUUUAA